AUGAUCGAAAACGCCUCAUUGAUAAAACAGGGAGCCGAAGCUCGCGUAUACACAGCUCCUUUCCUAACUCGAAAGGCAAUUGUUAAAGAAAGGUUUAGAAAAACUUAUCGCCACCCAGCCCUUGAUAAAAAGCUUACUGCUAGAAGGGUUACUCAGGUUCAAAUUUUUUCUCAACCGCCUGAUUCAACUAUUUUUAUUUUGUUUGCUUCGACGAAUUCCCUUUUUGUUUACUCUGACGAAUUCCUUUUUUUUUACAUGGAAAAGGAAGCACGAAGUCUCUUCAAAUGUCAUAAAUCAGGUGUUGAUACUCCGAUACUAUACUUUGUAGAUGUAGAAAAUAGUACAAUAUAUAUGGAGUUUGUUGAAGGAAAA